AUUAAUUUAAUUAAAUAGUAAUAAGACCUACAUAAACAAAAUAACACAAAAAUGCUGUGGGAUUCAAUAACUGAUGAAACUUGCACGUUUGCCAUGGAUUGUACCAGUUAUCAAAUGUCCGCUCGCAAAGCAAGACUGGGUAAUGAUCAUCCAAGUGGCUUACUUAACAUGGUUGUGGACGAGUUGUCAUUUUAUGGCGAUGAGUCUCAAUCUGAAUUGCACCAAGAACACCCUUAUGUGCCCAGUCCACCAUUAUUGGGUUUAUUAUCACCGGAGGGUUCGCCGCAAAGAUUUUGUAUUUUUGAAAAUGCUGACGUAUCCGCUCCAGAAAACAAGUUCCAGCAGAAUCUACAAAACCAAGCAACAAGCACCUCUAGUUCAAACCUUUCAGCUAAGAGUUUUCGAAUAUUCAAUAGUUUAUCGUCGUGUUCCAUGGAAUCUUCUGUGGACGAUGAUUAUAUGGAUUUGUUUGAAAUGGAAACUCUUGAGCAACCACAUCAAAGCGGUCAUUCUAGCAUUUGUUUUCCUAGUGAUCUCACAUCACUUAUCAGUGGCCAUAUUAAGAGUUCUUCCCCUGCCAAAAUCGAAGCAAUAACACCUGAAAUGCACCGCCCCUCAGUACGACGCUGUCUCAGCAUGACUGAAAACUAUCAACAAAAUCAACCAAAGACCCCAGAACUACUGAAAAAAGCACAAGAGACUCCUACUAGCACUACACCAUUCGCAUCGAGGCUAACUGUUGAGCGCACUCAAACCAAUAGUACAACACCUGUAUCUGCAAAUUGUUUUAAACGCCCAGAACCACCUUCAUCCGUCAACUGUUCACCUGUACAAAAUAAACGUUAUCGCAGUGUAGAAAAGGAAAAUUUUGACAAUUUGUUAACAGUCACUAAUACCAUGACAAGUAGCACUCUAACGCAAAUUACUUAUCCUACAUCUUUACGUAAGUGUAUUUCUAUGAACGAUGCCGAAAUAUUAUCAGCAUUGACACGUUCCGAAAGUCAAGAUGGACCCGAUCUUAUUGGCGACUUCAGUAAACCAUUCGUUUUACCCCUGCUAGAUGGUCGCCAUCGUGAUCUUAAGUCGGUUUCGAGCGAUACUCUAGCACGUCUAAUUAAUGGUGAAUUUAGUAACGAGAUUGCCAGCUACAAAAUUAUAGACUGCCGUUAUCCAUACGAAUUUGAAGGUGGCCACAUUCGUGGCGCUCAAAAUCUAUAUACACAAGAACAAAUUCAUGAAGAGUUCCUUACACAGCAAAAGACUGAACAAAAUCAAGAAAACGUUCAAGCUGCAGGCGCAAGGCGCAACAUCAUUAUUUUUCACUGCGAGUUCUCAUCAGAAAGAGGACCAAAACUAUCUCGCUUCCUGCGUAAUCAUGAUCGCACUCGUAACACCAAUUCUUAUCCGAUGCUUGAUUAUCCCGAAAUAUACUUACUUCACAAUGGCUAUAAGGAAUUCUAUGAAACACAUGCCGAACUCUGUGAUCCCAGUUCAUACCGACCCAUGCUAGAGCCGGCUUACAGCGAAGCGUAUCGGCAAUUUCGCUCAAAAUCAAAGUCAUGGAAUGGUGACGGAAUAAAUGGUACGUCACGGCUUAAAAAAUCAAGAUCCCGCUUAUUGCUUUAAUGAAGACUUUCAAGUUGAUAUAGAAUUAAGAAGCUCAAUAACAUCGAUGUACAAAUGAAUAACAUCUUUCAUAUGUAAAAAGUUCAUAAUCACCCCGCAAUCCACAACCGACACGUUUGAGUUUAAGGUUUAAUUUAAAUUUCUUUAAAUUGGUUUCGUUUACGUUUACGUUAACGUUAACUCUUUUAUUUUGUUCACGUUUGUAAUUAUUUUUAUUUUUUAUAUUUUUAUAACGAUUUUUCGGUAACAUCCCGGAUUAUUAUAUUUUUUAACACAAGCUUAGGAAAUAUGUGAAUAGUGCUAUGUUAACACCUCGGCCUAGCUUAUUGCUGGUAUUGCUGGCGGUAUUGUAAAAAUUAAACAUUUAGUAAGACUUUAGGCUUAGACUUUAAUCUUAAUUUACAUUGUAGUUAAUUUAUUAAAAACAAAAAAAUGUUUGAAAGUUAUUAUACAUUUUAGUCAAAAUUGUUUAAGUUACGUUAAAAUUUCUAACUGAAAGAAUGAAAAAGUGUGCAUUAAUAAUUAUUUUAUAUUUUUAGUUAACAAACAUUUUCAAAAUUAUAAGAUGAAUAAAAACAAACGAACACACUC